AUGAAUGGAACAGUAGCAAAAAUGUCUACUUUGGCUAGCGAUUGUACUUGGUAUCAUGGACGAAUCACACGUGAGCAGGCCAUAGAAAUUUUACUGCAAAACGGUCGACAAGAGGGACUUUUCCUCGUCAGAAACAAAGCUGGCAGAGACGACAACUUUGCCUUGUCGUUAUGGCAUGGAAAUCAAGCGCUUCAUUUCCAAAUCCAGUGUCGAGGUGGGAUUUUUUAUUCCAUAGACGAUGGGCCGACUUUUGAAGGUUUAGAUUCUCUGAUUGAAUAUUACAUGGAACAAGCCGAUGGUCUGCCUACCCGACUCACACAAUUCUGCGAGGGGAGUCCGCCCCCUGCUUCAUGUAGAAAACACGGAGUAACAACACCACUGCAUCUUGCCUGCGCUGAAGGAAAUUACAGUUUAGUUUCUGGGCUGCUUAGUGGUGGAAAUCAAUCUGAUAUCAACACACGAAAUGAGCAAGGGGCUUCACCAUUGCACGAGGCUGCUUUGCUUGGCUUCGAAGACAUCGUUUCUCUUUUGCUCAAACACGGUGCAGACACGAAAAGCAAGGAUGACGAAGGGAACACGCCGUUACAGGUAAAAACAUCAAGGUCUUCGUUUUCAGAAAUUUAUAUUUUUCAUUAUUUGUCCUUCGCGUAAUUCAUCGGUUAUGAAUAGAUUGAAUGCACUUCCUUGUAGUAACCUGAAACCUCAUUUUUAAUAGAUUGUAUCCAUGUUUAUAUCACCACUUGAUUUCUCCGUGUCUAUGGAUAAUACCAGUUUUCUGAUCUUUUCGAAGUUUCUUCAAAAUUACUUUUUUUUUACCAUCUUCUGUGAUGUAUAAAAAUGUAUGAACAAACAGGGAAUUCAUUGAACCAUGAAAUUUCCUUGUAACUUAGUAGCAAAUUGAUUCAGUGGUUGUGGUUCUCUAUGGUAAAAAGAAUGUAAACAAACUGUAGUGUGCUGAAAUGUUUCAGAACAGAAAUAUUAUAUACCUGCCGACUCACACGCAUCAUGUGUUUGUCACACACCUGCAGAUCAAAGAUGUCAAUCAUGCAUACAGGAAAAUUCCACUUACUUUUAAGAAUAAAAUCAUAAUUCUGGACUGCACUGCUCAUUCAGUGUCUUGCUUGUUCUGUCAUUAAUUCAGGCGAAUUGAGCCAUGAGGAAAAAUGUUUUUGUUUUUAACGUGAUUGCUCUGAAAAUUUGUAAAGAGCAUCAGAUAUCAUUCAGCAAUAAUAUGAAAUAUUCUCAUUUCUUUGCUGGUAACUAUUACAAGCAAAAUUAGCACUCAAAAUGACCCUGCUGUUCAAAGUAAAUUGAUCCCAACUAGUAAAAAAUUUUGCUGAUAUUUUUCACUGAAGUUUCUGGUAUCACCUUUUACUGAUAAGAUAAAUAUGUCAGAGAAAUUUCGGAGAAAGUUCGUAACUAUAAGUCGUUCAAAAUUCAGCUUUAAAAUUGUUUUGGAAUUUAAAAAAUAAAUUGCUCUGACGCAGAACGAGUUACUAGUUAGAAUAUUUGGGACAAGUAACUCUAGUGAUGGCUUUAAGAUAUUUCUUAAAACAAAAGCCGAUUGCCAAUUGGGCUAUUCUUUAAAAGGAACUUUUUAGUUUUAGGUGCACUAUAAAUUGCUCCAAACUUGGCUCUAAAGUCGAAUGACUUGUUCCUCGACCUUUUUGAAAUAUCACCAAGCAGUUUUGGCUGAAAUUCCUGCUACAUAUAUUCUGAUGUAUUGCAAUACAUCUUCAACGGUGUUUACUACUAUGCAUUGCUUCUAAUUCAAAAAACAGUCUUGGUUUUGUAAGUUACCUUGUAUCUAAGAUCAGAUAGAACUGAAGAGCACCUUAGUUUAUGACUACGAAAUGAGUACAAGCGGCGUGUCCUGUGAGGAAUUGGUACCUCUGCUGGGGGGACGAACGAAAAUGAUGUUCAUGCAAGCAAACAGGAUUAUGUCACAAUGCAAACUAAAAAUAUUGUCAAAAAUACUAACCUUGUAUAAAUUCACAGCUCUGAAACUUUUUCUGACUCCUUUCUUCCAUGGCUGGUUAGUACUUUUUCUUCAUUAUUAUAUUUUGCUUUGUGAUGUACAGAUUGGUUUGCAGGCAUGGGUAACACUCUUGCUACUUUGGACACCGUACACAAAUGAACUUAAUAUCUUUUAGUUAAUUAUUAUUUGUAGCUACUUUAUUUUCCUACUAUGUACACUUAUGUAAAUGUCUUGUAUAGUGUGAAUAAAGAAUUGAAUUGAAUUGAAUUGGGUGAGGUGCAAAUUCCUCAUAAAACGGCCGCCCGUGCUUAUUUUGUAGUCAAAAACAAAGGUGCUUGAUGGUUCUAUCUGAGCUCUGAUACAAGGUAGCUUACAAAACCAGUACCUAUUUUGAAUUGGAAGUAAUGCAUAGCAGCAAACACCAUUGAAGAUGCACUGCAAUACAUCAAAAUGUAUGUAGCAGGUGUUUCAACCAAAACUGCUAAGAGAUAUUUCAAAAAUGUUGAGGAACAAGUCAUUCAACUUCAGAGCAAAGUUUGGAGCAAUAAUAUUUAUAGUGCUUCUAAAACUAAAGAGUACCUUUUAAAGAAUAGCACGAUUGGCAAUUGCCUUUUGUUUUUAGAAUAAGUAAACACUGGAAUUACUUGUCCCGAAAAUUUGAAGUGGUACCUCGUUCUACCUCAGAGCAAUUUGUUUUUUGAAAUUCUUAUUAGAGUGAGGGGGCUUAUUUGAGAGGGAGUUAGGGGGGAGCUUAAAAGAGAAUUUCCCAUAGCUUACUUUAUUCUGUGAUAUUUUAAAUUUUCCACAGUCGGCCUGUAUUGGAGGACAUCCCUCAGUGUGUGCUCUGCUUGUAAGGAAAGGAAAAGCUGAUCUGCAGGACCGCUCUCCCCUGAGUGGAUUGGUGGCAAUGCAUAUAGCAGCAUUAAAAGGUAACAUUUGUUACUGUUAGCAGUGGCGGAUCCACGGGAGGGGCCCAGGAGGCCCGCCUCCCCCCCUUAUUUUUAGACCAAAAAAUUUUUUUUGGAGACUGCCCCCCAGACAGAAAACAUUUCAAGUUUGAAAGCUGUUGAAGCAAACUGUUGAGGUAAAGGUAUCAGUUGUUAUGUUUUUUUUUUAUCAGCGUGUUCCGCCCAUCUUUAAGGCCUUUCAUGUUUACCGUGUAUAAAUGACAGAGUAUCAAAUUGGGCAAUUCCAGAAAAUAUCCAUACCCAACCACGGACGGCUUCCAUGUUUUAUCCCCCCCUUGCCUUCGGAAAUUCCAAAAUGCGUUACCCCCCCAUGCCCUCAGAAUUCCAUAAUCGUGAACCCCCCCUCCCCUUCAGAAUUUCCGUUUUUUUGGAAGUACAUUUUCAACUCAGCAACGCCUAUAUGAACAAACGAACAUGAAUUUAUGCCUCCUCAAGGCUGUGAUCUAGCGGCGCCAGGCGACAAGCUUUCAGACUCUAACCUACCGCUAGUAGACAGGCUGUGCAAACUCCUUUUUAGGUCCGAAUUUGGCAACAAAAAUAAACACCACUAACGGCAAUUUUACUCCUCUUUGUUUUCUUGUGCUGUUUUGACGUUUACACAGCAAAAUAGCUCAAAUUCAGACUGUUAAAAUCUUUCGGAGGUCAAAUAGACCGUCGAGGCGUGCUGCGUCCUUUUAUAUGUCAUGUAGUGUGCACGAAAAGUGUUCUAAUCUGACAGGCGUUCCUUGGAAGCCAGGGACUGGUGCGAGUUUUUUUACUGUUCAUCGGACGGGAGUGACAAGUAACUUGGAAGCAGUAAGAUACAUAUUCCGUUUUUUUUUUUCAUGUGACAAGAAAUUCAUCAAGGUUAAUGUGAAACCCACGUUUUACUGUUCACUUCUAUAAGUUAUGAGCAUAAACACGUGUCUGAUCUAUCGAUGCUUGUCUUCUGCUUCCGCGGUCAUACAUUCGUGGUUUAUUUACGAACUACAAAAGUCCACAACAAUAGCGUUUUCAAGGAACUCGCUCUGCACUUUCUACUCCAGAAAUCCCACCUGUGGAAUUCCGCCAUGCCUUCGGAUUUCCAAUCGUAAAUACCCCCCCAUGCCCUCAGAAUUCCAUAAUCGUGAACCCCCCCCUCCCCUUCAGAAAUCCUAAAAGCCGUCCGUGGUAUGGUAUGGAUAUUUUCUGGAAUCGCCCAUUGCUAUGAAACAAAUGCAAAUUUUGAGAUUUUUUUAUUUUAAUGAUGACUUCUAAAACGUGUGGAGGUAUGCAGUGUUUUUUGUUCGGUAGCUACGAGAAAUAAAAUUUUCUAUCACACUCAGCAGGGUUAAAAACACAAAAUUUCCAGGCUUGUUUUCAAGCUGUUUCCGAGAAAGUUCUUCGCUCUUUCAAAAUAUUCUCCUGUUACUUUACACUAUUCGCCUGCUCCUACAAUUCUUAAUGAAACCCCGGCCUGCCUUACCUGUUUGUGCCAAUAUGCAAGAUAUUUUUCUCCAAGCUUUCAGCAAUAUUUUCUCCCUCAGACAGCACACUAGCUUGUGUGAGUUAUUCUUUGGAGUUUUACAACUACAGAAAUUCUUCUAAAUGUCUGAAAAUUCUUGCCAUUAUUAUAUUUUGUUGAGCAAAAAAAUAAAAAUUCAGAUGCUUAAAGCUGACAAAGAGCUGCCUACAAUACUGUGCACAUGGCGAUUUAUCUACUGCCACCCCAAAAUGGUGGCAAACCAUUUCAUUGCACCCAAUACGAACCUGUUUUUUCAUCCCAUGCUUAGGUACAACUGACAGUAAUCUAUCUAGAUCAAUCUUAUCUCAUACAUUGAGCUAUCUACAAUGUAUGGGUUAUGGGUUAUUUCACAUGGCUUAUUACAUUUAUUUAUAGCCCUCAAAAAGUGUAAUAAAAAAUGUAAUAUGCUUGAAAUUAUUCUGGUACAAGGUUUUUGUCCACUGAAAAUAAAAGUUACUCAAUCGUCUAAUGGAUUCCACCUUCUUUCUUUCGAUAAUAUUUGUUCAUUUAUACACAAAGAUACAGUGACAAUAGUUUAACUAGAAGAAAGGUACGAGUAGCUCAACUGGAGUAAAAUAGUGAAAAAGAAAAGAGCAGAUCGCUUUAUACAUCAACAUCAGCCACAUACAAAUUCUCCUGGCUCAUCUCUAUUCAUACAUUAGUUCUGAUAAUUUGAUAAAGAUCAAAACAUUUCCCAGUUAGUGAUUAUUUUAUUCAUUCUCUUUCGUACUUUUCAACUUAAUGUUGUUCUGCAGAAAAUUGAUGUUGCAGGUGACUCUUGGGACUCAAAGAGUCCUUAAAAUAUUUAAAAACAAUAACCCUCAAACUGUGAAAUGCAGCAAGCCACAUCACACUUCAAUUUGAAGUAACAAGUGAGUUUCAUGACAGGUAACUCUGAAUGUGUAAGGGUUCUUUUGGAACUCGGGGCUCCUCUUCACCCACGUUCAACGGAAGGGGACACACCCAGGGACCUCGCUCUUCAUUAUGGACAUGGACACAUAGCAGAUAUAAUUGAUAACUACCCAGUGCAACCUCCAAAGACCUCACCAAGGUUGUGGCUUCACGAAAAUUUAGGAAGAAAGGUUUGUACAUUUAUGUCCUUACUUUUCUCACUCCUUUUUCACACAGCCUUCACCUCAGAUGUAAUCUAACCCCAAGUAAGGUGGCUGAACACAGUUUUGCGGGCAGUCAGUGGUAACUGGCAUGACGGCACAUGUUUUAAAUUAGACAAGCAAACUUGGCGGUGAAAAAAGCAAUGGUAGAGCUAGAGAACACCAUUUCUCAAAAUCUGCUCAUUAAAAUUUUGUGAUAUUUGGCAGAAUUUUUAGUUUUAUCGCAUUUUAAAUUAUGAGAACUUUAAAAUGGAAGUUGAACAGAUGAAUUUUGUGACACAUAAUAUUAUUACAGUACAAUUAUAUUAUUGAUUAUCUAAAAACCCGCCUGUUAAAAUUUGGUCAAAUAAGUUUCAAAUGGUAAUGAUUAAUUAUAGUAAGCUGUGUGCAAGUUUAUAGGAAAAUAUAAUGAGCAAAUUUUAUGUAAACUGAGCAAAAGUGAAAUUUCAAUGUUGUAUUCAAUUGUUCAUGUUUUCAUGGAAACAACAAAAACGUCUUAUUUUACCUGUCAAUCAUAAUCUUUCAUCAGUAUAUUUUUCACUUGCCAAGUUUCAGCUUGUGAGCUGCAACCUUUCUUUUGCCAUCAUUUGGCAAAUGACGUACACUCACAAACUACCAAAACUGUGUUCAGCCACCUUAAUAACACCUGUGAUGUAGCACCGAGAUCCUUGUUCUAGUCCCCCUGCAUUCUCAACCAAUUGUGGGAAUUGCGCUUCAAAUUUUUCUUUCGACCCGAUUGGCUUAUUGACUGGCCAAUCCUGGUGCAUAUGGAGGCCCAGAACUAUGAUUUCAGCACUGGCUUUGGACAGCCUCAACCAGAGGUUUAGUUUUACAUCCAACCCUUAGCAUAAGGUAAAGUCCUUUCGAGUCUCUUCUCCUUAGAUUACUAUUGUGGCAUCUACAAGUGUAGAAAAUCAAUCAUAAUAUUAUAAGUUAUGCCCACUUCUCCCAAGAAACAGUUUAAUCCUCUCCUGAAACAUUUUGAAAAUUUGAGUCACAAGCUGCAUACUUGUAUGACUUUCUGGGAGUCGUCACAUCCUUGAAUUUGAGCAAAACUUGCUGGUAAAAGGUUGCAGCUUGUCUACUGUAUUUUACAGUAACGCUCAAGAAAUACAAACAAAAUUCCUGCUGUAAAAGAGAAAAAAUAACUUUUUGUUUAACCCUUUGACUCUCAAGAUCUCAUGAGUAAUUCUCAUUUCUGGCUGCUAUACAUUUUAUUGUGUAUUAGUUAAAGGGGCUGUGUCACGGCAGUCCACUUCAUUUUGUUUAAUUUUGCCAAUUACUCGCCCUCAAUCGCUAUGGAACUGAAAGUAAGCAAGGAAAUUACAUGUCAAUGACGAAAUCAGAGAUUCGAGACAAACAAAUACGUCUCCUGAGCGUUAUUUUUGAAGUUGCAAACAGCAGAUAUAAACUUUGAAAAAUUGUUAGGCUGAACAGUUUUCAAAAACCCUAAUUUCAAUCCGUUUCAAUCUUCUUCAGUUUUGCCCAUCCAUGGCAUCUGUGGUAUCUGUUGUGUUAUUUUAACCUUCCUUUAAUGUUUUAAGUGGUUAUUUUUAUGUUUCUUUUAAUUUAACGGGCAUUUUGCAAUUAUAACCUGAUUUGGCAGAAUUUCGUGACACAUUUUAUUGUGCGUUAGUCAAGAGAAUUCGGUUAUAUCUAUAUGGCAUCCUUCAGUUGAUAAAUUUGCCACUUCUCAUCACCUAUCUGUUGGACAAUGUAUUGAAUAUAAUAUGGAGAAGUUAUAUGCCAAUCACGUGUACUCACGGUAAUGUUGUCUGGCAUUUUGUUUGUCCUCAGGAAGCCAUUGUACUCUUUCAGAAAUGGGGACUAGUGGAUGGUUUGUUCCUGGUUCGACUGAGCACGAGAGAUCAUGGAUAUUAUGUAUUAUCUGUGGUUGUUAAUGCACAGAUUUAUCAUUAUCAAAUUAGGAGCAGGGUAAUAAUAAGCACUUAAUUACUGGUCCUGAGGGAAACAGUUAAUUUUGUUUCCUGAGAAUCUCAAUGAUUCCCAAGACUAUUGAGAUUCGAGUGAAACAAAAUUAAUUGUUUCCUGAGGGACCAGUCUUUCAGUGAUUAGUUAUACAGCUGGAAAUUUUGGAACUGGAAAUUCAUUAAACCUCGCUGUAACGGCAUUCAUCGGUCAACAUUCGCAGGUAACAGUGCACUGUUACCUGCUGACAUCAUAGAUUUUGCAAUGUUGCCUACUCAAAAAUUUUGGCGGGAAACAGUUUCAUUGUUAGGUGUCAUGUGACCUUGAAGUAACCAAUGGGAGCGUGUCUUGUUGGGAAAAAAUUUCCAGCUUUGUAACAAUAAGAUUUAUCUAACAACACAUUACACAAAGUAAUGUUCAUUGACAAAAUAUCUUGUUCUUGCUGGGAUCAGAAGAAUUUUAUCAAGAGUAUUUAUAACUUUCCUGUUGGUGUAAGGGUGUCAAGUGAUAAAAUUGUUUUCCAUGGGUACUGCUUACUGAAAAUGCUUUACGCAAUGGCUUUUAAACUGUAUGGCUGUGGAUUAAAUGUGCCUUAAAGUAAGGUUGUAAAAGGUUAGUAAUCCCUAAUAUAAACAAAUAUUUCUCAGUUUUAUACUUCAUCCUCAAGUGCACGUAAAUGUUGUGGUACAAAUUUAAUCAAAGUGUCACACUUCAGCAAGCGUUGACAUUUUAGCAAUUAGGUUUAAGCGUUUAUUUCAAAUGGUUAGCAUUGCUUAGUACACAGUUUGACAGUUUUUGUGGAAAUCAUGCAUCGUGCGUACAAGCUACAGAUAAGUCACUAAUUUUCUAGCAGAUAAGUUACAAAUCUUUAGCUUUUGAUGAUUUCCAAAAUUAAUCUUAAGCUCUUAGCCAAUGAGAAGACGGUCAAUGAGUACAAUGUAGAUGUAUAAUAAAUAGAGGAUAUUACAUGGCCGGGCGCAGAUACAAAAUUUCUCUUCGAGUGUUGAAAAUUACCGUAAAAUUCCAAAAAUAAGCCCCUCCAUGUAUAAGCUCCUCCAAAUAUAAGCCCCCCAAACCAAACGCAAAAAACCCUCCGUUAAAUCGCCCCUCCAUAUAUAAGCCCUCCAGGGGCUUGUACUUGGAAAAUUGCCCUCAAAUAUAUAGUAAAACAUAGCAGAAAUGGCACAUUUAUCGCCAGCUAUAAGGCUAGCCCAAUCGAUUUUGAAACGCAAAUUUCCCUCCGUAGAUAAGCCCCUCCGAAUAUAAGCCCCUCAAAAAAUAAGCCCCUCAAAAAGGGCUUUUGAAAAAUAUAAGCCCCGGGGCUUAUUUUUGGAAUUUUACGGUAUUUCAUGAGUGAGUGAAGCGAAUGAGUGAAAUAUUUUUUUCAACACGAGAAGAGAAAUUACGUAUCUCCAAGCGACCAUGUAAUGUUCUAUUUAUUAUAUAAACACCAAUGAAAUGCCAAACCAUUUUACUUGAACAGUUUUUUGGUCUGAAAGGUGCGGUUUAUUAUGAAGCCAUAGCAAUGGGGAUAUUUUCACAUGUGAAGAUAACAUGUUCUUUUCACAUGUGAAGAUAUCAAGUUUUCGCGCGAAAGCUCACUUGGUAUUUCAUUGGUGUUUAUAUAAUAAUAUCUGAUAUUUGCUCUUUGACAGUGUGACAGAUGGUUUUAUAUUGAUGAUGGUCCACUAUUUGAAACUCUUCCACAUGUCAUUGACCACUACAGCAGAUGUGCAGAUGGUUUACCAGUUCUUCUUAAGACGCCCGUUCCACCCGAUAGUAGCCCACCAAGAACUACUCAGAGUAUUGCACCUCCUUCCGUGAGAAAGCCACCGGGAAUGCGACCACCCACCCUUCCCUUAUCAUCCGCUGUUAGUACCCCCGUACUUAGCAUGUCCCCUUCAAAAAGCCAAGUUACGACAAGAAUUCCUCUGCAAAGGGCAGAAUCGGCUGUAAGUGUUCUUUGUUUCAAUACUUCUUCUUUUACACCAAAGAUCUCCCAGGAUCCUUAGACGCACUCUUUCAAUACUAAGUUUUCAUUUUGAUAACAGAGUUCUAAGCCCCAACUUUUGGACACCAAGAUGAGCAGAAAAACAAUUUGAUAGUGGGACUGGGUGGUAACCAAUUCAGUCCGUAAUCAUAACAAAAUCAGACAACCGCAUAGUUGGAGUCUGGUUUGUUUAACCCAUAUAUUUGCUCUCAGUAAUUGUGCUGAAAGAUGCAUUUGGAAGGGAUUUGAGCCAUUUUCUGGUCACUCUGUGGGCAAAAAGAUCCACACUGUUUUUACAUCACGCACUACACUGCCUUCUGCUUCAAAUGCUAAAUAUCAGCUUGUGAAGCUUGGGUAUAUGAAGAAGGCAAAAUUUUUAAGUAGUUUUAGGGCUUGAAAGUGACACUACCUCUUCAAAUUUUACCUUUCACGCUCCCUCCUCCCCUCUUCUUUCACUUUUCUUGCCCCCCUCCCCCUCCCCUCUAAUCCUUAUUUUCUUUUGCUGAGAAUUUAUUAGGCUUCCUUAUGGUGGGAAAAGUUUUGAAAAAACGUUUAGGAUCGUAGGAUUAAAUGGAAGAAAAUGUAGCUGGGAAGUGGAACCAAAUUGUUUGUUCAACUCCCUUGAAUGCACAGAGGUGUAUGUACAUUACGUACAUGUUACUCGUUGAUUCAAAUCAGGACGUCUAAAUAAUUCUUUGGGGUCUUCACAGCCUUGUUAUGUCAUAAACUAUAUUGAAACUGAUUUGUUUUACCUUUAUUAGGACUUCAUUAACGGUGAUUCUGCGAGGCAACCCCCCAUGUCAUUCAACAGGUCUAUUAGUGAACAUGGCUCUGAUAUGCUGAACAGCCAAGAUGGAGAAAAGUUUAGUAAACUGGAUGAAAGGCAUCCCCUACCUCCGCCACCCAUAAAUCCGCCACCUAGAGGACAACGACGACCACCACCGCCCCUUCCACCUCCUUCCCCUACGAAACCAUCCCUCCCUGCUCGACCUCCUGCACCUGGUAUGUGGCUUGAUAAAACUGCUUAGACCAUGGAAUUCAGUUUAAAAUCGUACCUUAUACCUAUGAAAGCUCAAAUGGACUUGCUCAUUCAUAGCUGUUUCCAGAUACAACUAAGAUCUUCUGACAAGAAGCUGUUAUGCGUCUGCCAUGGCACCUAAACUAUGGCACAGUGAAUAAGGACACUAAUAGACUAUAAUGUUGUCGCUUUAGAUAGCUCCUGAAAGCUCAUUUAUUUGGGGUGGGGAAUAUAUCAUUCCCAGAUCAAGUAUCUUAUUUUCAACGUGUGUAGUGAGACAUGGCCAAUUUUCUGUUUACUUUAUGUUUACUAUAUUAUUUUUAUUCCUAUAUUGUAGGGUAAGCCUGUGUAUUUUAUUGUAAUGUUUCUCCUGUAAUGUGCGUUUGAACAGCUUCAGGAAAACACGUGGACUAUAAGUCAAUCAAUUAUUAUGAUCAUCAAUAUUAGGAGGCCAUUGCUAGGGUUUUAUUUACACUGGUUAAAAUGAUACUUGGGAACAGUUGAAUUUUGGAUUUGAUGUGGAGUUGCUAACUCCAUCAAAGUGGGUGAUGCUAUAGCACAUACAUGUAAUAGCCUGGGGAUUCCAAUGAGUGUUAAAGGGGCUGUGUCACGGCAGUCCAGUUCAUUUUGUUUAAUUUUGCCAAUUACUCGCCCUAAAUCGCUAUGGAACUUAAAGUAAGCAAAGAAAUUACAGGUAAAUGGCAAAAUCAGUGAUCCGAGACAAACAAAUGUGUCUCCUGAGCAUUAUUUUUGAAGUUGCAAGCAGCCGGGAUCAACUUUGAAGAACUGUUAGGCUGAACAGUUUUCAAAAAAACUCAUUUCAAUCCGUUUCAGUUUUCUUCAGUUGUGCCCAUCCGUGGCAUCUGUUGUUUCUCUUAUGUUAUUUUAACCUUCCUUUAAAGUUUAAGCAUUUAUUUUUAUGUUUCUUUUAAUUUAACAGGCAUUUUGUAAUUUCCUAAUUUGGCAGAAUUUCGUGACACAGCUGCUUUAACAAUCGACAUCACAGGAAAAUUUCCAAUCUCGUUUUUGUCCGAUGACCAACUGUUACGUGUAUUUACAGAUCAGGCCCCAUGCCAGUUAUUCAAAAGGUUGAUAGUACUAUCCACUGGAUAAAUCACUAUCCACUAGAUAGUGCAAUUGGUUUCCCUAACACUUAUUCGUUGGAUAUUAGACUGAUUUAGCAACAGGACGGGAACGUCAGUUGACGACGGGAAAGCGCGCGGAAAGGACUAAACACGACUUCCGGUGCCUAGUUUGCCGCUCUGCCAUUGGUCAAGCCAGUUGUUAGUUUGCGCGCGCCGUCGUCAACUGACGUUCUCGUUCUGUUGCUAAAUCAGCCUAUUGAUUCAGGGGCACCCAACGUCAAUUUUCGGAAAAUAUCUGUUCGGAACGCGAUUUGAGAUCUAGAAUUUUCGGAACAUAAUUAUGUUGUAAAAUUUCUUGCUUGCCUGCCUCUCCUAGGAUUUUCGAACAUCUAAAAAAUGGUAUAAUUGCCCAUUUUAACGGAUUUUUACCCUAAAAAGGUCACCUUGAAUUUGCGGGAGCCUUUUUUCUGGCUCAAAUUUUCGGAAAGGUAAGUUUUGAUCCCUAUAAUUUUCCGAUCUCUAGACUUUCAGCUAGGAAAUCCGAACAGAUGAAAAAUUUGUAGGGGAUAAAAAUAUGCCUACAUCUACCGUUUGAAUACUAAAAUACGUUUAACAAUCCUAUGUUUCAGUGGUUUUGAACUAUAUUCUCAAUGGCUGCCCCUGAUUGAUUUAUCUGGUGGAUAGCGCUAUCCAACUUUUGAACAACUGGGGUCCGUAGGGUGUAGUUACUAAUGAGAGACUUCCUUCUGUUUUAUAUGUGGCAGGUCACCCCGUGCAGUCUCAACAGACACUAAUUAUGAGACAAUCACUUGAACUCGGUGCUGAACUUGGUCAGGGUGAGUUUGGCUCCGUACUUAAGGGAGUUUGGACAGAUCCCAAAGGAAAAAAGGUAUGGUAUUGUGCAGUGCAACUCUAAUCUGUUAUUUAGCUCUAUAUUUAUUUAAUUAUUUGAUUUAAAUAGUUUUUUAUAAGUACUGUAUAACCUCCACCCACUUGUAACCGCUCUGUGGUAGUAGUCAACUCGAAAGCUUGGCUCCUUUGGCUGCUACACACUUUUUUCCUUUGUUAUGUUUAAUUCAAUGUAUAGUUAACUCUGUUUUUACUUCUUUUUUUUUCUUAUUGUUGUUGUAUUGUAAUUGAAUAAGUGUGAAUAAAUAAACUUGAACUUGAUCAGUAUUUCUCAAACUCAUUAAUACUUCAUAAAGAAAAUACAAAGAAAAUUAAUGUUUAAUGAGUGUUUGGAAAUCGAAUGAAAAACUGCUCAGUAUUUGCAUCCUUAAUUUCUCCUUCAAAAAUGAUUUUGUUUGAGAAGAAAUAUCAAACAUUCGACACAGUGUUUCAUCACCAGAUGAAACACCUCGAAGUUCGUCAAAAAUACUCCGCUGCGCGUCGUAUUUUCAACUCUCUUCUCGGUGUUUCAUCUGGUGAUGAAACACUGCGUCUCAUGUUUGAUAUAUUACUUGAAUAGUCCUGUACAGCUUCAGGUACUAUAAAACAGGCAACAAAAAUGUACAACUUGUUUUGCAACAUUGCUGCAAAACUAGUUGAAAAAACGAUGCUGCCCGUUUUAACACCCACGUUGAAACCAGUCAAAACAGUUUGCCAUACGCCAAGGCCUUAUCAACUGUUGCCUGAAGACCAAGAGCAAUAUUAACGCACUAAACUGACGAGAAACUGGAAAUUUAACCAGGCCACCCUCAUUAAAACGAUGCUAGAGACGGAGAAGGAAAACUGAGCGUACACUCCCAUAAAAAGACAGCCCUUAUUACGGAACAACUCCUAAGGACCCAUCGGGUAGCGUAAUUGGUUUUUCUAUACAGUUACUUAUCCCAGGAAUAGUGAUUUAUCCGCUGGAUAACGUUAUCCAGCUUUUGAACAACUGGGAACUAAUGCGUAUCCGAAGUCUUCUCACACACCACUGCCAUAUCGUCGUCACUAGUGGUGUAACGGAAUUCGAUUAAUCGCGAUUAUGACCGUUCGGUUCGAUUCACGAUUCUUUCCUUCCACGUUUCGAUUUUGCUUCGAUUUUUGCAUGCCUUUUCCAGGGUGCCCUCAGUGAAUUAUUAUGUUUUAAAAUCAGAAUCCAGAACUCUUUUAAAUGUGCGUUUUUGACUGACGAGCAAAGACGAGAGCCGUUCGUGCACCAUUUUGAGUUGCCUGGAAAAAAUGCUGUCUUCCAACCACCUCUUGAGAAUUUCCAAAUAAGGCAAACCAUGUGCGACAAGCUAUUUGUCAAGUUCUCAAACAUGGCCACGAACCAAGCGACAGUGAAUCCUCCGGUCCCUGUUACUGUUCUCAAAUUGAGGGUUUAGAGUUGAGUUUAGAGUUUAAGAAUUACGAAACAUUUACAUGAUCGAAUCGAAUCGCAAGGAAUAUGAAUCGUUACACCCCUAAUCGUCACUAAUACUUCUCGCUGCCAACAAACUUACCACCAAGCUAAUCUGUAUAAGGAUACAAAAAUUACUCUAUGCAAUGAUUCUCUAUUUCCCCUUAUUUUUCCUGUUCCUUGUUAGGAGUAUGACAGCAUCUUAUAGUAUACUCUUUGGUUUGGGGUUCUUUUUAGGUUCCAGUGGCGUUGAAGACUUUACACCCUGAGAAGAUAGCUCAUGGCGAGCAGGUACUUAACAACAACAACAACAAAAACAUUGUAUUUAUUUAAAGAAAUAUAAAGUUACAAUACUUUAUGUCCUUCAAGUAGCUAUAAUUCUAAUCUAGGCAGGCAGGACAAGACUUUAAAUAAAGACGUUAUGAAACUACAUAAGAAAAAAGAAAAGAAAAGAAAUACAAAAACAUACAGAAAGAAACACCUGACAUAUAAUUUCAAGUACAGGGGAUUUUGUUAUUUGAAAAAGGCUAAAAUUACAACUGGAGGUAUAUGCAACAUAUCAUGUUAACUUCAUAAAAUAUUCUAUUAAAUAAUUAACAUUCAAAUAAUUAUCUUCAUUACCUAGAACAUUAAGGGGCAGUGAUUUGAUUUUUUUACGAAAAUUAGACAUGUUGAGAGUCUUAACAGAAAGUGGAAUAGAAUUCCAAAUAGACACAGCAAUUCUAGUAAAAUUCUUAACUUUUCAAAUAUAUCCCUGCUUGAUCUCCGGGGUCACUUAGCAACAUCUUCAUCAGUUUUUUUACUACUGUAGACAGACAACUAAAAGAAUUUACAAGAAAUAUGACUGUAAAUAAACAAUUCAUACAGUAGUGGCACAACCAAAAUAACUGAAAAGCUAAACUAGUUGGGAGACCUGAAUUAUGACAGUUGAAAAUGUGAAAAGUCAAGAAAGAGGCACAGCAAAUACAACCGUACGCAUGAAUGUCAUUAACUUGGUAAGCAAGUAUACAGAACAAAACAAAAUGUCAGUAAAGAGACAUGAACGGACACACGGGGACACCAAAAAAUAAAGAAAAAAGCUGUAAGAAUCUGCAUUAAGCAGUGAACUAAACACAUGUCACACACGCAGUAAGCAAAACACUUCCGCUGACGAUGACCAUUCUAAUCGUGAGAGUUCAACGCCACUUAUACAAGUCCGUUCUUACCCAUGAGUUUGUAUUCACAGGAAUUUUUACGCGAAGCACGCAUUAUGUCGGGGCUGGAUCACCCGUGUAUUGUCCGGUUAAUUGGCGUUUGUCUUGGCCCGCCUUUAAUAUUGGUAAGUGUAACUUCCUUUGUUUUAUCUCUCAGUUAGCACGCGUGCUGUGUUUGAUUAAUUUUGCGAUCCCCUUUACUCUCCUGCCCAGAUCUCUUGCUGACAAAGCCGACAGGAGAUUCGGUCCGCAUUCUAUUGUACUGCCCGCCAAAUUUUAAAGUUUCGUUUCCCGCCUACCUGAUUGAUUAAUUAUUUUAAAAACUCAUGAUCACGGCGGAAAUCGCGAGAACUGAAGAGUCACCCUCGAGCGGCGAGCGAAGCGGGACGCGAGGACGUGGCUCACUCGUGUGUGUCUUUGCGGGCAAAAGUGAAAUAGAGAGCAAUUAUCCGCCACUAUUUGGAGUGAAGCUUACAAACAGUAAACAAUUAUUGGAUGAGGUUGAGCAUGAUAUCAUGAAUUAUCAAAACCGAGGCCUGUGUUAUCUGCCGAAGCCGAAGGCUGAGGCAGAUAAUACAGACCCGAGGUUUUGAUAAUUCAUGAUAUCAUGCGAAAACCGAAUUCAAUAAUUGUUUUAUUAUACAUUUUUUAAACAAUAGGCAAAAGAAGACAUUCAUCUGUUCAGCCAUUCUGUUUCUGAGGAGAACACUCCAAGGGGCUUGGUAACCAGGCAGACGUUGAACUUGACAUGAUAAAUGCAAUAUCUGCAGCAGAUAUUGCAUUUAUCAUGUCAAGUUCACAAGCUAUUGUGAAUUGAUUGAAUGCUCACGACCAAUCAGAUUUUUCAUAGUGAGUCUGAUGUAUAAUAAUCAAGGUUAUUUGUUGCCAAAAAUUGCAGUUAUGUUUUUCUUUUUACUUUUAGGUGCAAGAAUUAGUUCAGAUGGGUGCGUUACUCGACUUCUUAAUCGACCAUCAACCAGAAAUCACUCAAAGGGACCUCAAACUGUGGGCAGCUCAGAUAGCUUGGGGAAUGAUGUACCUAGAGAAAAAACGCUUCGUUCAUAGGGACCUGGCGACGAGAAAUAUACUCAUGUCUACGAAACAACAGGUCAGAUAAAGAUCCGCCUUUUAUUCUGUUAAUUUUCUUGCGGGUUUUCCGCUUCCUUUGCACAGCUUUACAACAUUUUCAUGCACACGUUUGAUAGACUAACUGUCUUACUGUAUCAUCGUUUCAGAUAAAAAUAAGCGACUUCGGACUGUCUCGUGCAGUCGGUUCUGGAAGUAAUUAUUACAAAGCUUCACAAGGUGGCCGCUGGCCAGUGAAAUGGUAAGUCGUUUCCCAUGCUGAUGAACUAAGACAGUACCUCCUACAUAGACCACUUUUGGUUCACUCUUUCGAAGCUCAGUUAUCUGGAAACUGCGUGGUUCCUUGAACUUUUUUAUGAUUCGUUUAAUACUGCGCUGUUAUGACUAGACAUUUCAAAGUUUUUCGUGUCAAACUCAGCCGUCAAUUUGACGUCUCAUAGAUGACAAACCACUAACGGGUAUCAGUAAUUAAACCUAAUUCUUCGUUCUAUAAUUGCCUCAUUUUGGCAUUAGGAACGAAUCAUUAUAAAAGGGAAGGGGAGAUGGGGUGUUUAAGGGGGGCCAAGCAAAAAUCCAUACAUGAAAGGUUCACGUGGAAAACAUGGAUACAGCCGGAACAAGCAGAAAAAAAGUCAUGCAAGCUUUAAUCAACAUAUACCUGAUUCGGUAAAGGUUGCUUUGGGGCCUUGGGCAAUAAACCCCUUUAGCUUCACUAUUUUUAUAUGGUCCUUUCCUUAGUUUGACCGUUAUAUUGAUCGUAUUUUGCUAUUCCCUUGCGGGCCCACUAUAAUUCAAGUCUCGAUUACGAUAACUAUAUCAGUCCUUUCUGCGUUCUCAGGUACGCUCCAGAAUCGAUUAAUUUCGGGACGUUUUCGCAUCAGAGUGACGUGUGGAGUUAUGGAGUAACACUUUGGGAGAUGUACUCGUUUGGUCAGUUACCAUAUGGUGAAAUGUCAGGGGGAGAGGUGAGUUAGUCGUUAAACGUAAUCUCUCGCCAAGUCCCACGUCUCCCUAGCAGGUAGUCGCCGUGAGAAUGAGGUAUCGACCAUUGAGAUAGUUUUGGUUGGUUUACAAAAUGCUGUCACUAAUGAAGCAGUGUUCUAAGGACGUGGUUCAACGGCAAAUUGUCGUCUUUUCAGUUGUUAUAAACUAACUACCAGUUCGUAGCAAAAAUUAUGUAUUUAGCACGAAAGUACUAACUGGGGACACUAUUUUUACGUCUUUAAUUGGAGAAGAGACCGCCAUUUUACGUGGUCAUCCGAGCCACGCGAAGGUCUUGCCGUUGCAGGGCAAAUGUACUACCUUUAUUUCUCAGUUAUUUUAAGACCCUGAGUGUUGGUUCGGCCCCAGGAAUCCAACCCGCGACCUCCCCCUCAGCAGUCAAGGGCUUUAUCGACUGAGCAAAUCCAGCCGUGGUUUAUAAAGAUGCCACCAACCCGCGAUUAGGCGUCCUUCCUUCCUAUGUCUUUGGUCGUUGCUCUUUACGCUUGCUUGCACCAAGAUUUCUUUCGUUGGCUUACCAAAGGAUUUCUACAGUAAAAAUGUGAUGUCCCCAGAUUCCCUUCCGGAUAUCAGCCGCUCUAGAAGAAGCUUGAAGAGUCUGGGUUCAUUUGUUUGCCUUUGUUUGUUAUGUUUUGUUUUCCUGUUUGUAUCUCAGACUAGUGUGUAAAAGUUCGCGCGUACUUGCUCAACUUUUAUGUUCACGCGCCUCUAUACGCACCUAAAAAUUACGCGAUAGUGGAAAUUCUCAAUACAGAUACAGCUUAUCUAAACCUUUUCAGAAAGUAUUUAUUUCUCGUGUCUCAAAAGAUAGGAAUGCUCACAACAUCAAAGCGUCGGUCUUGCAGAAGAAACUGUCUUUCAGCUUAUUCACUUCAAACCCUAAGGGCAAGGUUAGGUUACUACUAGCCUGCGAGCAAGCUUUCCGUGCGUACCCCCAAGCUACUAAGCAGUACUAUUGCUGUUUAUUAAGCUGUACAAGGUUGCUUUAACUUUUGAUUGCAGUAUGGAAACAAUCCUAAGUUUGACCGUAUAGAAACGAAACUCACGUAAUUAUUUUAUUGUACUCCUUAGGUGAUACGUAUGUUGGAAGAAGAAAACAAACGACUUGAAAGACCUGAAGCUUGUCCAGAACACACCUAUUCACUCAUGUUGCAGUGCUGGGAUUUAAAACCAGAAAGAAGACCCACAUUUGAAGCAUUACACAACAUUUUUAGUACGAAUCCUUUUUAUGCAGAUGUUAAACUACCGAUAAAAGAUAGAGGUGCAAGCUAA